UCCCACGGCUGGUGUUAAGAGAGAACUUCCCAGCGGCUCCUUCAUCUUCGGCGCUCCUCUCAACCCUUUUCUUCCAAAGAGGAGAGAGAGAGAAAGAGAAAGAGAAAGAGGUCGGCCCAACUUGGAGUCUCCUUGAGGGCGCCGCGAAAACUGCAACCAAGCCGCGCAAGCAAAACUUUUCCCGCUGCCGCGCAAGGGAGGCUCGCAGUUUCCUUGCUUUCGGAACUUGGUUAGGGGGAUGCUACGUAGCGACGGAGGAGGGCUUGUUCAGAUACCACUGGUUCUGGCUUGUUGAAUGAUGGUGAACUGAUUUCAUGUGUGACAACAGGGUGUUCUAUUGAUUCAGUCAGAUAUGCCACACACACAAAAACCUUGAAGUUUUAAUCGCACAGCAACUUUGUGACUGGAAAUCUGUGUCCUGCACUUGUUGGCUAAAUUAUUUUGAAUGGUUUUUGAAGACUUGACCUCAAUUUGCUGUUAGAUGGAAUAUCUUCCUCAGAAGAUACUAUACCCAUCUGUUGCUGAUACUUUUCAUGAAAACUCUGUAUCAUAUACUCCUAUAACUUGCUAUGGAAAAAUAGUGCCUUAUUCAGCAGAUAAUAACAAUUCCAUACAGUCUAGAAGUUGUUUGUUGAAUUUUACAACUGAUAGUAAGAUGGGCUUUGAAGAACCCAACAAAACAGUAAAUGGAAAAAAGCAUUCAAUCAUUUGGAAGCUUUCUGAAGUGACGUCUCUACGAAAGGAAGAAGAAACAGCAAGAGCUACAGCUGGACUUGAAGAAAGAAAAUGCUUAAAGAAUACAUGUAUUUCAGAAUUAGAUAAUGAACUACAUAGGGAAAGUAGCAUUCCUGAGAUUCAAAAACUCAAAGAUAUAAAUUGGGCAGAAUUGUUUCUUGAUCAGUCGCCUUUUGGGAACAGCAUUCAGGAAAGUAGUCAAUCUGUCUUGGAUCACUGCAUAUUUAAAAACAUGGUUCAAAAUAACGGGGGCAAAGAUAGCAUAAAUAAGAAGCCUGACACUUUUGAUCCAAAGCUAUUACAUGCAAAUAUUUUAAACAGUUCUGUAGCUUUUGAAAAUAAUUCAGAGAAUUUUGAACAAGAAACUCCUGGGACUUUGGUAAAUAAUAAUACAUUAUGUUCUGCAAACAUAAUUUCAAAUUCUAUCCAGGCAGCCAAGCAUAAAAAUGAAAACUAUUUUUGGGCUCCACUCAGUGACAGUUCAGAUGAAGAGUGGACAAAUAUGACAAAAAAUAAUUUAAAGUGGCCAACUAUGGACAGCAAAAAUUAUAAAAAGCUUGGUAACAGUGCUAACUUUGACAAUCCAACUGUUAUGAAAUAUUUCAGUUUAUCAAUGCUGGAAGAUGAAUUGGGCUUCAAAAUAAAGCCUGACAGCUGUGAAACAUGGAAUCCAGGAAUAGAAACCUUGGAGAUUCAAGAAUAUAAAUGCAAGAAUUUUACACAGACCCCAAAAUAUAAAGAUUUUAGUGGAACACAGAAUUUCAUAAAAAGCAACCACAAAGAAUCUAAAAAUGGAAAUAUCCAUUUUCAUUCUAAGUUUACAGUAGAAAAAGAUAAGCUGAGGGAUCAGAUGUCAGAUAUUCAACCUCAAGAGAGAGCCUCAGAUCAGAGAAAUGAAUCUAAAUUACAGCAAACGCUGGAAAUGGACAAGAUCUUUAAAGGGAGGAAAUAUAUCAGAGAACAGGAUGUCAAUUUUAACAAUACAUAUCAAAAAGGUGCAGAAUUAACAUCUCCAUUGGACUUUUCAGUUAUGCAAAUUAAGAGCAGUUCUGCGAGUUCAUUACUGAAGCCUUCAGAAAACAAUACUUAUAAAGAGGGCUCAGACUCUCUGAAUCACAGCCUUAAAAGCAUGAAUAAGAGCAAUAGUGACUGUGUUAUGUUAGUUGGGCCCCCCCAGAUCAGUGAUGAUGACCAGGUAAUCCAUAAGCGUUGCAUCAUCUCCAAAAAUGAGCAAGGCUCUAUAAAUUAUAAUAUUUCUGCAACUGAUCUCAAACCAGCAGAUGGUGCUAAAGAGUUCCUCCCUGCACCUGUUAAAGGGGAUGGUCACGAGAAACCACUUUAUAGCGAUACAGUCCCAUUAGAUUCCAGCCAUAGGGAGGGCGUUUUGGCUAAAUAUUAUUUUUAUUUGAACUAUCUCAAUGAGUCCAAAAGACUUCAGUAUGAAAAUGCCCAUCAGUUCUUUUUUUGUCAAGAACAUGUUUUUUUCAAAGAAGCCUAUUAUGAUACUGGACCCUGCUACUGUAAGAACGGUAGCAUGUAUGAGGAGCAGACAGAUGAAAAUAUGAACAAUGAUCUGGGAACUUCUGAAGGCAAGAAAAGGAUUGAGAUCAUCAAGCAGCAAAAUCAUUUUGAAGAUCAGGUGUUGAAGCCUCAGUUUGCAAACAGUGGCCCCAAACAAAUGGAGAGAACAGGCAGUUUUAAAGACCAGGAAGUUUUUGAAAGCAGGAAAUCAAGCCCCAAACAGGCUAGUCCUAAGAAACAUUGGGAAAGAGCCAACAUUUCAUGCUCAUCUUACACACAGAGAGAACUGAAGCCAAGUAGAUCACGAUGUGUCCAAAGACCUGCAACAGGCAAUAAGUUAAUAAAGAAGAGCAGUCAGAGCCGCCCAUCUUCAGGGACACAAUGUAGGCUGCAGUAUGAAAACGCUUCUCAGGAUUAUAACAAAUUAAACAUGAAAAGUGACUGCAGUCCCACACUGUGGCUGCUUCUUCCUGAUGAAUUGUGGCUUUGUAUCUUUUCCCUGCUGACUCAUAAAGAUAUUUCCCGGAUUUCCCAGGUCUGUCGUCACUUUUAUCAACUAGCUGGAGAUAAGUCCUUUUGGAAGAAGAUUCAGCUUAAAGAUUGCCACUGCUUAAAUGAUGAUUGGUUGAUUGGUUUAGGAAAACACCGCCCUGAGCGUUUCACUCUUGAUCAUUGCCAUGAUAAAGAUCAGAGAAUUUCUGAAGUUGGGCUUAAACAAUUCUUCCAGUACUGUGAAGGAUAUCUCAAGGAACUGAAUAUAAAAAACUGCAGUGGUUCUGGAUAUAAAGGGAACAGGAUUCUGCUUCAUGCAAGCACCUUUUGCCAUAACUUGGCAGUUAUAGAUAUAAGUUGGACAGGAGCUACUGAUUUUGGACUCAAUGCCCUAGUCAAAGGUUCUAGAAGUUUACAGUGUUUUUCUGCUAAUGGAUGCCAGAUUACGAAUGAAUCAGUAAUGGCCUUGAUUGGAAAGCAUGGAAAAAGCCUUAAGAAACUGGAAAUGUUUGGCUGUCAAGCCAUUACAGACAAAUGCUUGAAAUCAAUUUCUACUAAAUGUCCAGGUCUAGAGGUUCUGAAUAUUGGCAGAGUUCAUAGAAUCUCGCAGGACUGUUUAGUGCAAAUGGUAAAUUCAUUGCAAAAGCUUACUAGCCUCAAUGUUACAGGCCUUGAAAUGAUGAGGGAUUCUCUAGUACAUUGUAUUUUGAAGAAGUGUCCUAAAUUGGAUUGUUUGGUUCUUAAUUCGUGUGCUCACAUAACUGACAUCAGUCUAAUUGAAAUUAGCAGUUAUUUGCCAGGGAUCAGGUACCUUGAUGUUAAUGGAUGUAAAGACGUGAGUGAUAUUGGAGUUCAAGCUUUGGCAAGGAAUUGCCAUAAAGUUUCUUAUCUUGAUUUGACUUCCACAGCAACAAGCAAAAGAGGGGUUUGCUUGUUGGCUAAUUUCUGCUUUAAUACCUUAGAGUGUCUGAAGCUUAGUUUCUGCAGGAAUAUCUCUCUAGAUGCAGUUGCAAAACUGUGUAAAAACUGCAAAAGACUGCAAAUACUUCACUUAUAUGGUUGCCGCUUUAUACCUGAUUUGGAAUCCAUUACAAAAGUUAAUAAAACUGUUAAAAUAUUUCAUGACCUGACAAUUGCAACUGUGAAGUUGUUACCUGAGUGAGAACUCUGACAAAUCUUUCAGUAGUUGUCUAAUUAAUAGUUUAGUUUGACUAUGAUUUUUUUUUAUGUGGUUAAAAUGUAGAUACGUACCUUUAUCCAAUGCUUCCUAUUUGUGUUUCUUUGUCAUCUGUGGAAUAGUUAAAAUGAAGAAAAUCUUGUUAGAGCUAUUUUCAAGAAAUAUUUCCAGUUCUUUGAUGAUAUAACUACCAUCACCAAAUUUGAAUGACAUGAUGUUCUCAGAAGAUCUAACCUCUCCAGAUAUUGGAUAUUUAAAUUAGAGCUGCAUUCUGACUGAUAUCUCUUUUAAAACCAAUACCUACGUAAUAUAUUUUGGAACAAAACCUUCUUUUGCUUUUUUUAUGCGGAGAGCUCUGCCUUCAUUGCUUGCACUAUGGCUCAUAAAAAUAAAUCGUCUUUUGUUGAAUGUUUUUUCUGCCAGUUGCUUGAAUAACAUGGGUUGUCCCUCUGGCUGCUACACUGAUGCCAGUCCUACAUAGGCGGAAACUGGCUGCCUGAAUAAUACAUCAAGAACCAUCUGUUUUGUAAGCUGCAUUUUCUGUGACACCACUAAAUGACACCAUAUUUGAUCUUAAGAAGAGAGUCAAAGCAAAGGGCUUGAACAUUAUGGCAAGAUAAAUAUCAGCCUCCCACAAUGUUGCAUUUCUCUUGGGAGUCAAAUGCAAAUUUUUGAUAAGAGUAUACCAAUAACCUUUGGUCACAGCAUUUUCAGAUAACGUCGGCACACUAUGUGUCACAAGUGGAUACAAAAUCUUGCUGUUCGAUAUCUUUCAAUUUCCUGGAUUAUACUAAAAAGACUAGCCCAGUUAUCUCAAAUAUCUCAGAAACCAUCUCUGCUCUGAAUGUUACUUACCUCAGAAGAAAAUCAUCUAAGUCCUUUCAUCUCAUAAAGCUAAAUUAGUAUCUCCACAAGAUGUUUCUUAAACCUGAAACUUUUCCAAAACAUUCUGUAAUAAUCACAUUUACCUUAUCAUCAUACCAUAAUCAUGAUUUUAGAAACCAAUCCUUUAUAAAUAAAUAAUAAAAAUUUUGGACAUCAAUUAAAAAUUAAAAAUAUAAGCAGAUGCUUACAUUUAGUAUAGGAAUACACAAUUAAGAGAGAUAGAAUACUUAUUUCCAUAUACAUGGACGGCAGCCAUAGAGAACUAAAUGGCAACAUCUUGUAUUUUAUUGUUUCAGAGGACAGGAAUAGAACCAGAAUUGGGUAGAAAAUUACCAAAAAAUUGCUUUUUUUAGAGUUAAGAGAUGAAGACCAACGAAAUGUAAAUGUCUUAGAGCAAUGGGCUUUGUGCAAGUGAUAUUCAAGAAGAGAUUGAAGAAUCAUCUGCCAGAAAUGCUGUCGCCAUGAUAACACUUUUAUUAUGGAAAUUUGAUAAUUACCUCUAAGCUCCCUUCCAAAUCUAAUAUUCUCUGAUUCUAGGAUUCCAGUAUCAAAAAUUGAUUUCUGAGUAGUGCCUUUCGUCCUAAAUUAUGUAACUUCUUUUCCUGCUGGAAAGUACCCCAAAUCUAUGCUGUUAAAUUAGAGGGAUACAACAGAAUCCCAUGUGCCUAAGGACAUCAUCUUCAUUAACACGCAUCAAACUUCUGUCCCAGUGAUAGAAUUGUAAAACAUAUUGUUUUAAUUAAAGAUUAAAUGGAAA